AUGUUUUUCUUUGUUUUUGCUGGGUUUGCCCUCAUUGCACUCGUUGUUUCAAUUGUUAUGAUGAUUCAUAGUUAUUUUCUCAAACGUCGUCAAAAAGCUGCAGGUCAAGCAAAGACCACCUCUCACACCAGACCCUCCGAAUCGGGCACUGUUCCAAGCAGUCAGCAUGGGGAUUCGUUGCAGACUGAAACUGUCAUGGGAUUUCCUGGUCAGUCUCCUGGCCAUUAUACAACUACGUAUCGCCAUCCAGAGGACGGGACAAGAACAACCGUUACUGAAAAUCAGCCUGAAGAAAUUCCUCCUCCAUAUUCGGCUGCUGUCCGAGAGAGUGCGCCGGGUUCACCGGACCUUUCUGAGAGCCUAAGAGGAGAAGGUGAAAUUACACCCAGAGUUAGUCACGAAAGACCCCGGUCUCCUCCUCCUGUUUAUUUACCUCCGGAGGAAAUGGUUUAA